AUGCUGGCCUUGGUGCUCUGCGGAGUGUCCCUCGCGCUUCCACCCUUUGUCCGAGCAGAUGCAUGCAAGGAUGUUAGUAUGCAAAACGAGGCACCUUCAGCAGGCCAGCCUUUUGCUUUUAACUGUACGUACCCACCACUAACAUCUGGGAAAGUACGUGUAACAUGGUAUAAAUAUCCUAACAAAAUCCCAAUAUCCAAAAACACACAGUCUAGAAUUCACCAGGAGCAAAACUGGAUUUUGUUUCUGCCCCUGACACAGGAGGACUCUGGGAUCUACCAAUGUGUUAUAAACAGCACAAACACCUGUCACAGAAUCCACGUAAACCUCACUGUAUUAAGAAAAUACUGGUGUGGUGUUUCUGGAAAUGGCCAGCUGAUUUUAUCAGAUGAAUACAGACAAAUAUUACGUGCUGGAAGGGACGACAGCCUUACCUGUCAUCUGAACUUCCCACAGAGUUGUGUUUUGGAUUCACUAAAGUGGUAUAAGGGCUGUGAAGAGAUUAAAGGAGAACGGUUUAUUUCCUGGGAAACAAAGCUUUCAGUGAGCAAUGUUUCAGCAGAGGACGGAGGGAGCUACGCGUGUCAAGCCCGACUGACACACACAGGGAAACAGUACACCGUUUUAAACAGCAUCACUGUGAAUAUUGCAGAAACAAACGGAUAUGCAGGAAGAAUUCCUAAAAUCAUUUAUCCAAAAAACAAUUCAAUUGAAGUACAACUUGGCUCUCCCCUUACUGUGGACUGCAAUAUCACAGACACAAGGGAUAAUACAAAUCUCCGAUGCUGGAGAGUCAAUAACACCUUGGUGGAUGAUUACUACAGUGAAUCCAAACGCAUCAGAGAAGGAUCCGAAUCCCACGUUUCUUUCCAGAAACAUAUUUUUUACACAGUGAACAUAACCUUCUUGGAAGUGAAAAUGGAAGAUUAUGGUCAUCCUUUCAUUUGUCAUGCCGGAGUGUCAGCAGCAUAUUUUAUUUUAAAACUCCCAGCUCCAAAUGUUCAAGCUUACUUGAUAGGAGGGCUUCUCGCCUUGGUGGGUGCAACAGCAUCUGUCAUGUACCUCUACAACAUUUUUAAGAUCGACAUUGUACUCUGGUAUCGAAGUGCCUUCCAUUCUACCGGGGCCAAAGAAGAUGGCAAGCUGUAUGAUGCCUAUGUCUUAUACCCCAAGCCUCAAAGAGAAAUCCAGAGCCAUGAGGUGGACACGCUGGUAUUGAAGAUUCUGCCCGAGGUGCUGGAGAGGCAGUGUGGAUACAAAUUAUUUAUAUUUGGCAGGGAUGAAUUUCCUGGACAAGCAGUGGCCAAUGUCAUUGACGAAAACAUCAAGCUGUGCAGGAGACUGAUCAUCAUCUUAGUUCCCGAAUCCCUGAGCUUUGACUUGUUAAAGAACAUGUCGGAAGAACAAAUUGCAGUCUACAAUGCGCUCAUCCAGGACGGGAUGAAGGUCAUCCUGAUUGAACUGGAGAAAGUCAAGGACUACGCGGCCAUGCCGGAGUCAAUUCAGUACAUCAAGCAGAAGCACGGGGCCAUCCAGUGGAGUGGGGAUUUCACAGAGCAGUCACAGUGCGCAAAGUCCAAGUUCUGGAAACAAGUGAGGUAUCACAUGCCACCCAAAAGGCCUCCACCAUCUUCUUCUGCCCAGCUGCUGAAGCACACGUCCUGA